UUUCGCUAGUCUUCAAGUGCAAUCAAAUGAAUGAGUUGAAACGUUGUCGCAUUCUUGCUCAAAUACUGUCGCAAAUGAAAACGUCCAGAAAAUGCAGUACGACAAGAAGGAAUUGUUAGGAAAAGGUGGAUACGGUUCAGUGUUCCUUGGCUCAUUUGAAGGCAAAACGGUAGCAGUCAAACGAAUUGAGCUGAUUGGUGAAGACGUCCUAGAUGACAACGAGCUAAAAGCUCUCCAGCAGUUAGAUCAUCCGCAUGUUAUCAAACUCCUUCACUUCGAAAGCGAUGAUAACUUCAAGUACAUAGUUUUGGAACUAUGCAACGCAUCAUUGGAUAAGCUGUUCCUAAAACCAGGCGAUUCUGAGAAAUACAACGGACCUAUGCCAAUUCAGAUCGAAAUUUUCCUCCAUUUAGCAUAUGGUCUUGAAUAUAUCCAUUCGCAGAAGGUAAUCCACCGAGACAUUAAGCCAGAAAACAUUCUGAUUUUCGUGCAAGGCGAACAAGCCACAUUGAAGUGGAGUGAUUUUGGAUUGUGCCGACCCGUGAAUGAACGAGGAACAUUCACAAUGACCGGAAUCAAAGGAACUCGGCUUUGGUUAGCUCCUGAGUUGUUUGAAAUUCUUGAUAAAGACCAAGCCCAGGAAAAAACAACACGAGGCAACGUCAACAGCGAUGUCUUCGCAGAAGGCCUUGUCUUCGGUUGCAUUCUCUUGAAUGGAAACCAUCUCUACGGCCCAGACGAUGAAAUUAUGACAAACAUCAAACACAAUAAAGCGAUUAAUAUGGAUAAUAUUCACGAUUCGCAUUGGGCACGUAGUUUAUUAGAACAAAUGUUGACUACCACACCUGAAACGAGAAUCACAUCACGAGAUGUCGUUAGUGAGCUUCAAUCCAUUAAAACGAAACUUGCCGAGGAAGAAAAACAUUGGCUUCAACUAUGUGCAGACACGAGUCCAAAAUCAAACUUUCCGGAAACGAUCAAUUCUUUAGUUCAGCGUGGAAUCAAUGUGACAUCAAAGGACGAAAAAGGAUGGAAUGCUCUACAUUUUGUCUGUGCAAACAAUUCAAGCUCAAACUUAAUGGAAGAAAUCGAGUUGUUAAUCAAACUCGGCAUCGACGUUAAUGCAAGGGGAAAAGACGGAUGGAAUGCGCUUCAUUUAUUAUGUCAAUUUAAUUCCAGCGAAAAACUAAUUGAAGCGAUUAGAUUUUUAAUUAAAGUCGGAGUCGACAAAAAUGCAAAGACCGAUGACGGAUUGAGCGUAUUUCAUAAUUUGUGUGCAACCAAUUCAAGCACAAACCUAACUGACGUAAUCGAACUUUUAAUCCAAGAAGGAAUCGACGUUAACGCAAGGAGCAAAGACGGAUGGAACGUACUGCAUACUUUGUGUGCAAACAAUUCAAGCUCAAAGUUAAUAGACGCAAUCAAAAAGUUAAUCGAACUCGGAAUCAACGUGAACGCAAAGAGCAACAGUGGAUUAAACGCACUACAUAUUUUGUGUGCAAAAAACUCAAGCUCAAACUUAGUUGAUGCAAUCAAGGUUUUAAUCGAACUCGGAGUCGACAAGAACGCCAAGGACAAAGAUGGAUUUAACGUCUUCCACUUUCUGUGCGCAAACAAUUCAAAUCAGAACUUAAUUGAUGCAAUCACCUUCUUCGUUGGACAACAAGGAAUCGACGUCUAUUCAAAGAGAAACAACGGAUGGAACGUACUCCACACCCUGUGUGCAAACAAUUACAGUCCAAAGUUGGUUGAAACCAUCGAGUUUUUGAUAAAACUUGGAAUCGACAAAAAUGCAAAGAGCAACAAGGGACUGAGCGUACUCCACGUUUUGUGCGCACACAAUUCAAGCCAAUAUUUAACUGAUGCAAUAAAAAUCUUAAUCCAGAACGGAAUGGAUGGAAACGAAAAAGACAAAGACGGGUUUAACGUACUCCAUACUUUGUGCGCAUACAAUUCAAGCCCAAACUUAAUUGACGCCAUCAAAUGCUUAAUCGAACACAGAAUUGACAUGGUGGCAAAUAUCGACAACGGAUGGAACAUUUUACAUAUUAUGUGCGCAAACAACCCAAACCCAAAUUUAGCCUGCGCAAACAACCGAAACCCAAAUUUAGCCGGCGCAAUUGGGUUCUUAGUUAAGCUCGGCAUCGACGCGGAUGCUGUGGGAAAAGACGGACACAACAUACUUCAUGCCUUGUGCAUCAAUAAUUCAAAUCCAAACUUGGUCGCUGUAAUGGAUUUCUUAAUAAAAUUUGGAAUCGAUGUCAACGCAAAAGACGAAGAGGGGCAUAACGUACUGCAUACCCUCUGCGCAAACAAUUCAUCCUCAAAUUUAAUUGGCGCAAUCAAACUUUUAGUUCAAGAAGGAAUAGAUGUGAAUGCAACGGACAAAGACGGACGAGACGCACUCCAUUACGUGUGUGCGAAUAAUUCAAGCAAACAUUUAGUUGAAGCCAUCAAACUGUUGAUCCACCUUGGAAUUGAUAGCCAUGCAAAGGACAAAAACGGAUGGAAUGCGCUCCAUUUUCUGUGCAAAUAUAAUUCCAGCGAAAAUCUAUCCGAUGCGGUCAAAUAUCUAAUCCAACUAGGAAUUGAGAUUGAUUCCAACGGUCAUGAUGCGCAAGUCCUGUUACGCAACAAUUACAAAGGAGGCAACUUGGAGGAAAUCAUGAAACUGUUUGACAAGACAGACCCUGCCAAUAGUUAAUCAACAAAAACAAUUUUGACUGUCGUAGCUGUGAGCCUAAGGCCAGCGAACCGUAACAACAUCCAAAGAAAGGCUGUCGUCACAAUUGCAUGCUAUGAACAUUAUUAUCUGAACCUGAUAAACAAGUUAAUCAAUACACUCUAGACUGGCAAUUGAAU